GGCCGGCGCCCACCCCGCUCGCCCCGGACUAUGAGGAGCGGGGCCGGCCGGGGGGAGGCGGCGGCGGCGGUCCCGGUGCUGCGGGAUCGGGAGCGGGGGAGCCGCCGCCGCCGGCCGGGUCAUGCCCGUGAGCCCGGGGCGGCGGGGCUGCGGGCUGCGGGAUGGGAGCGCUCCGGGCCGGCGCCCUCGCCUUCCUCCUCCUCCUCCUCCUCCUCGGCUGCCUCCUGCCCCGGCGCGGCCCGCUCAGGCUGGUCUCAGGGAGGGAGGAGAUCAAAUCCGCCUCCCGCGGCUCGCCCCAGCCCAUGUCGCCCUCUGAUUUCCUGGACAAGCUCAUGGGACGAACGUCGGGGUAUGAUGCCCGGAUUCGACCCAACUUCAAAGGUCCGCCCGUCAACGUGACGUGCAACAUCUUCAUCAACAGCUUCGGCUCCGUCACCGAGACGACCAUGGACUACCGGGUGAACGUCUUCCUGCGGCAGCAGUGGAACGACCCCCGCCUGGCCUACCGCGAGUACCCCGACGACUCCCUCGACCUCGACCCCUCCAUGCUCGACUCCAUCUGGAAGCCGGACCUGUUCUUCGCCAACGAGAAAGGGGCCAACUUCCACGAGGUCACCACCGACAACAAGCUGCUGCGCAUCUUCAAGAACGGCAACGUGCUCUACAGCAUCAGGCUGACGCUGAUCCUGUCCUGCCCCAUGGACCUCAAGAACUUCCCCAUGGACAUCCAGACGUGCACGAUGCAGCUGGAGAGCUUCGGCUACACCAUGACCGACCUGAUCUUCGAGUGGCUGGAGGAGCAGGAGGCCGUGCAGGUGGCGGAGGGCUUGACGCUGCCGCAGUUCAUCCUCAGGGACGAGAAGGACCUGGGCUACUGCACCAAGUACUACAACACAGGCAAGUUCACCUGCAUCGAGGUGAAGUUCCACCUGGAGAGGCAGAUGGGCUACUACCUGAUCCAGAUGUACAUCCCCAGCCUGCUCAUCGUCAUCCUCUCCUGGGUCUCCUUCUGGAUCAACAUGGACGCGGCGCCGGCGCGGGUGGGCCUGGGCAUCACCACCGUGCUCACCAUGACCACGCAGAGCGCCGGCUCCCGCGCCUCGCUGCCCAAGGUCUCCUACGUGAAGGCCAUUGACAUCUGGAUGGCCGUCUGCCUGCUCUUCGUCUUCGCCGCCUUGCUGGAGUACGCCGCCGUCAACUUCGUGUCCCGGCAGCACAAGGAGUUCAUGCGCCUGCGGCGGCGCCAGCGGCGGCAGAGGAUGGGCCUGAGCAGCGGGACGGCCAGCCUCGAGUCCCUGCAGCAGCUGAGCAGCCAGCACAGCGGCGAGCACACCUACGCGACGCUCUCGCAGCUCUCCAGCUCCAGGGAGGAAGAGCUCGUCCGCGAGAGCCGCUUCUACUUCCGAGGCUACGGGCUGGGCCACUGCCUGCAGGCGAAGGAGGGUCCUGGGGAGGGUCCCGGCAUCCUCAGCCCCCCCCCGGCCAGCGCGCUGCUGCGGGAAGAGGAGACCCUCCGCAGGCGCUACGUCGACCGCGCCAAGCGAAUCGACACCAUCUCCCGAGCCGUCUUCCCCUUCACCUUCCUGGUCUUCAAUAUCUUCUACUGGGUCGUCUACAAAGUGCUGCGCUCGGAGGACAUCCACCCGGUGCCCUGAGGCCCGAAAACGAGGCACUGCCUCUCGGCCAGACCCCCCCGGGUGCCCAGAGGCCAGGAGCCCAGCCAGAGCCACGUUUGUGUCUGU